CACUUUUAUUAAGGAAAUUUAAUAACAUUUUACUGCUUGCAAUAUUAAGUUCAGUUCACAAGCAGUAAAAUUUACUUUUAAAAAGUAUGUGCAAAUUGUUACAAUGAUUUUAUCAAGUCAUCCGCAGGUUUUUUUAGGCAAAUUAUUCGUUUAUGACAAGCAUUAUGAUGGUGAUGUCACUACAUUGUGCACAUUCGAUGCUUUUAUUGCGUUUCAGACCUGUAAAGGCAUUUAUGAUAGUGGAUAAUUCGGAGAAACAAGGUUUAAGACAUGGAAUAUGAUUUUAUUUAGGUAAUAAAUGUGGCACUGUUAACUUGAGACACGCUGAAGAAGUCUUUAAUAGCAGUUUGGGGGUUACAUGUGACGUGUGUGCACGGGGUGGGGGGCGUUCUCGGCUGACAUCCUCCAACAAUACGAGAAAGAGGAGUGCACGAAUCCGCGCGCCCCAGCUCGGGCUCCUUCCCUGUAAUAUCGGCCAUUCUUAAAAAGAGGCUUUUUUCAGCCGGGGGGCUCUUGAGUGAGGGGGCGAGAGCAGGAGAACGAUGGAAAUCAAAGUAGGCCAGAUGAGCAGACUUUUUGGAUCAAUCAGGCAGUCAGUCGCUUCUUUUGAUUAAAGCCCAAAUUGUCAUUGGGCAGAGGUAAUCAUGUGACAGGCAACUCGCUCCACUUUCCAGCUUGUCUUCAUGAAUUCAAUAGUUUGAUAGUAGCUGGGUCCCUACACGGCCGUAAUCACUGAUGUAGGAAGAGCAACAUUUUUUUUUCCCUUCUCUCCUUCGGACUAAUUUUCGUCUUGUCGACAAAUAAGGCGCGCAAACUUUCCUGGGCUCGCAGGGAGAGGAGAUGAAUUACGAAUUCGAGCGAGAGAGCGGAUUUAUCAAUAGUCAGCCGUCGCUUGCUGAGUGCCUGACAUCUUUCCCCCCUGUCGCUGAUUCAUUUCAAAGUUCAUCAAUCAAGAGCUCGACACUGAUUCCUCCUCCCUUCGAGCAGACCAUCCCCAGCCUCAACCCGGGCAGCCAUCCGCGCCACGGCCGCCCGAGACACAGCCCCGACGGAUGCAGCCCGCUGCCCACCGCCUCUCUGCCUCCGGAGUACCCGUGGAUGCGGGAGAAGAAAGCCUCCAAGCGGAACCACCUGCCCACAGCUACCGCCACUGCCGCCGCCAACAAUGGACCCGUUUGCAGCUUCUCCCCCAAAGGCUCGCCUGAAGUGGCCGAAAACGGAAGCAUCAACGGCGGCUCCCGUCGACUCCGCACGGCCUACACCAACACUCAACUGCUGGAGCUGGAGAAGGAGUUCCACUUCAACAAGUAUCUUUGUCGGCCUAGGAGGGUUGAGAUCGCGGCUCUGCUCGACCUGACCGAGCGUCAGGUCAAAGUCUGGUUCCAGAACCGGCGGAUGAAGCACAAGCGGCAGACGCAGAGUAAGGACAACCACAACGGCGACGCGGGGAAACUCGGCCCCGGCAGCGAGGACGACGACGAGGGGACCGGGUACGAUCUGGAGCGGGACACCUUCUCCUUUCACGACAACAAUGCGGAACCCUCACAGCAGGUCCACAAUAGCGGGUCGGCGAGUUUCAGCAGCAGCAGCAAUGAGAAAAAUGUCAAACAUUUUCUUCCCACUGUUGCGGGCUGCGCGGCAACAAUGGGCCCCGGCUCGGCGGCAUCCGUGCCGGACAAUGGCGACAGUCCCCCAAGCCUGGAUGUUUCUAUACACGACUUCCAAGGCUUUUCGUCGGAUUCCUGCAGCCAGCUGCAGCUCUCCGACGCGGCUUCACCGAGUUUGUCCGAAUCCUUGGACAGCCCCGCGGACAUUUGCGCCGACACUUUUUAUUUUUUCUCCGAAUCUCUGACUACAAUCGACCUGCAGAAUCUCAACUAUUAACGCAAAUCAAUCCUCGGUUAUUUUUUUCCCAAGCUUCUUUCACAUUUUAUGUAUGUGCGGGACGGUAAGGAGGAUUGUAACUAUAGAACGAAUUGAUUUUUUUUUUUUGUGAGUGUGUGUGAAAAUUACAAGUGUGUGUGUGUGUGUGUGAAAAAUUCUACGUCAUUUUUAUUUUUGUAUAGCUUCCAAU